AUGGAAAGUGGUUCUUCAACCGAAGAACAUUCGAAGGACUCAACAAUUUCGAUUUGUGUUUGGAAACUGCGACGCUAUGGUCGAUUUAUCCCCGAAGGCAAAGCAAAACCCAAAUCCUCGGCCAGUAACGUCAACUGUGCGUGGAAGAUCUUCGAGUCCAGUGAAAGCGCUGGCCAGCUGGAGCUCAAUAUUCUGGCCUCUGGUCAUCUGCUAGUGUCUCAAGGCCAGGAACUCUUGGAGGGCUUUUCUUUGCUCGAUGCACAGAGCUUCUUGAAAAUCCAGCACAAGUCAGACAGUCUGCUAUUCAACAUGACAAUCAAGGGUGAGAGCCGUUUGGUCCGACUGCAGUUUGAUGGCAGCAGUCGUGCAGAAGCGGCUGGGUUUUGCAGUAAAGCGGUGGAGAGGCUGCAGGAUUAUGUUCCUGUCCAGCAGCAUCGGAGCACACCUGCAUCUGCUGCUCCAUCCCAUCCUGCAGAACCUGGACCAUCUACACAGCAGCAGCUGCAGCAGGCUCCUGGAGAUGCACCACGGGAGGCCCCUGCCGCUGCCAAGGGACCGCUGUCAAUCAAACACCUUUCUCAGUUCUUCCUGGGCGAGCGUGAGCUGUGUCUGCCGAUGGCGUAUCAUCAGUGCACGCUGCCCUCUGGAGGCCUGGAGGCACUACUGCGCCUCUGUCUGCUCGAUUCGGGUUUUCCUGCGUUCGUGGAGGAAGUCGAGGAGAAGCUGAAGGAGCUGACGCAAGAAUGA